AUGCGGUGGUCAAGCAGCUCCCGCUCUGUCUUGAGUGCAAGGACUACCACCAGGUCGACAUCUUCAUUGCCUGGAAUUUCUCCGUGCUCCCUAAGCAGUUCCCCAAGCCCCUCCAUUGCCAAAGCUACUUCACCCCCUGCUGCCAGUGGUCAAGUCCACCGCCAGCUUCUCCUCAGUAAACGCGCCGUCCGCAACCACUUCUUCUCUACCCACUCAUCUGCCGCCGCCUCCUGCCCCCCAUCGUUCUCUAACCCUCCAUGUCCUUCCUCCUCCUCCCAACAACACCAACAGCAUGAUAUCAACUUGCCAGCGGCGGCGACUGCUGGCCCCCUUUCCCAUACCUUUGUGCCCCACAACCCGCUUGACCAGGUUAUCAAGAAACUCCACUCCUGGCUCUUCAAGAACCCCUCCCCCUCUGCUGCAAUGUUUAUCAUGGGCGCCCCCAGCCUCCGGAGCAAGAACAAUAACUCAGAUGAGGGCAGUGGCGGUGGGCAAUGGCAGCGGCCGGGCCAAGCAGCCGGUCCCGAGCUCCCUCACCGCCAGCCAUGUCUCCUGCCCCAUUGGCACUGUCUUUACCUCCCCCUCAUAAACCACUUCUGCUGUCGAGGAUAG